AUGCGCGGCAACGAAACUCGUGUGGCCCGGGCCGAGGCCGCUUUGCCGGCUGGAUGGAUGCAUGCACAGAUGAACGGGCAGCUUCAGGCGAAAACCAGAUUUUGCGACAACAGUACGACGAACUGCGGUCAGCUGUUUAAGUUCAGUACAGUGAAGUGCGCUGGCGGCGAUCGACACGUCGCAACAGCUGAGGUUUCAGUGCUGAUCGACGUUCUUGAUAAUUGA